UGAGCCUUCACCGCCACGCACGCACAUGUCGCGAGAAAAGAAGUCUGUAGAAUCAGAGAAAGACAAAUUCCUAUCGUCGUUAUACAUUUAGGAAGCGCAUUCGAGUUGCGUGUGAUAAUGUACAAUAAGAUAUUAAAGCUUCAUAGAGACGACUUUUGCUGCAUGUCUGAAGAAAGAAACUACUAAAAUAUUGACCAGAUCAACACUCACACACGAUGACACAUUCAUGAAGUCAUUACCUAAAACACGUCACUACCUGAUUGUGGCACUGCAGAGACAGCUGACCCGACUGGGGUUUCUCCAGAGUCACCGCGAGCAGGAGGUGUUCAGGGUCUGGCUGGAGCAGCACAGGAGCAUAUAUCACCUAGAGGAACAACUACAGGCCAUGAAGCUCAGCGGCACUUAUGUGACUCUUGAAGAUGUACUGAAACACAACGACAAAAGAAAAAUUCCAAAACUUCACAUCUCACCUGAAGAAACUGCAUCACAACAGGAUCAUAUAUCAGCAUCACUGAAAGGGAGUGGAGGGGGUGCGAACGCUUGCCAGCUACAUGGCAAACAGACCCGGGGACAGAAAGAUACUGAGCUCAUGUUUCCAGAAGUCUUUACCCGGGAGUUUAAAGUGCCAAAAUUUUCAGCUCUGCAGUCGACCUUACUGGAAGUGUUAAGCACCAGCAUGCCUCUUCUGAGAAGUGAUGAGCCAACGAUCAAGUCAAGAAACAUUGAAAUUACCCGACACAAACUGAGACUCAUGCACAACCUGUCACUCUCUCACAUGGCUGAAACACAGAGAAUAUUGGCCAAGAAUGGCUUCAGUCUGCAGGGCAUAGAUGGAUUCAGCCUCAAAGAAUUGAUGGAGUUUGAAUGUCCUCACUACGUCCAAAUUCAGAAGUCCAAAAGUCCUGCAGAGUCAGACCUCACAUGUCGGUCUCUAGCCACAACUGAGAGACCAGAAUCCCACACCGAGAAUCCCAAUAUACAGAUAAGUCUGUUAUUCGCUGUGAAAAGGGAAGAAGACUCAUCCUCCAGUUCAGAAGCUGCUUAUUCAUCAGAUACAGACGUCCCACUGUGCAUACAGGAACUCUGUUCUAGUCUUGCUACGGAGGUUGAAAUCUCUGAAGAGAAGAUGUGGACAAAUUAUGCAGAACUCUGAUGUCCUGUGUAAAGCACUUCUUUUUGACAUAAUAAUUGUACCCAUAUAAAGGAGACAUACAAUAGACAUUUGAACAAUCCACAGCCUGUAUUAAUAGUUCAUGUUAAUUUCAGCAUUUUAAUUAAUUAACAUUAGUUAAUGCAUCAUGAUCUAACCAUUAUAUUAGCACUAAUUAACAUUAAGAAAAUUAAUAAAUGCUGAAACAGUUAUUUUUAUUUAUUUGUUAAUUUUUACUGUUAGUUCUUAAUAGUUAACGUAUUCACUAAUGUUAAUGCAAACAUCCUACAACAUUAUUGGAAAGUUGUGUCUUGUUUAUUGCAUUCAUUCAUUUUAAAGUUUGGUUUUUAUUUAUGUUGCAUCAAAUAAUUUGUCUAGUCAGAAAUACAUGAAUUUAUGUCAACAUAAAACUUAGUAAACUGAUCUAAACUGCAAUAUAACACAAUUGUAAUUAUGGGAAUUAUGUUUUGACUAAAAGCAUUUAAAAUAUUUAAACUAUAUUUGAUCAUCUUCAGUUUGGUCAUCCUUAGCAAAGAAUUUAAUAAAAUGUUCUCUUGGUAUUUUUUCAGGCAUGUUUCUGGAGCUUUUACUCAUGAUUUUUUGGGGA